GAAUUGAUUCAUGAAAAUGCCGUGGAACAUUAUUCAUUGGCCAUCAUGUUCGAUCAUGUUCGAUACUCUCUUCUGCUCUCUUCCUUUCAACCUUAAAAUAAAUGUAUACUUUGUAAGUAACCUCUAUACUCAUAAUGGCAGAGUUGAUAUUAACGGAGGAAGGAUUAAUACAAAAACAUAAAAAGGAACGAAAGGAACUACAAGCACAAAUACAAAUAUUGAAAAAGUCAAUUUGCAAGGGUGACAAAAAGAAGAAGAAAGAGGUUACAGAGGAAAUCAGUCGUUUAGAAGAAACAUUAGAUGAAAGACAAGAAGAAGAAUCUACCAGAUGGAGAGUUGCACAUCUUAAUAUUAAUAACACAGAAGAUGACAAUAUAGAAGAUUAUAGUAAUGAAGUGAUUAAAGAUGAUGCACAACAUGAACAGUUAACGCAUAGAGUCUCAAAAGCACAGAAGAGAAGAGACAAGAAAGCAAAUGCAGAGAAAGAACGCAAUCAGAGAAUAAUAGAACAAGAAGCAUUAAAUGUUUUUGGCAAAAGAAAUGUAGAAUUGCAAGCUAUAAAGAAAAUUCUUCACGAACGCGAUCUAAUGAUGUUCGAUAUUCCAAGCGAUGGUCAUUGUUUGUACAAUGCUGUUGCACACCAAUUGAAAAUUAUAGGAGAAACGCCAUUGAAUUUUCAAGAGCUCAGAUUGAAAACUUCUGUAUAUCUGAGAGAAAAGAUGAAUGAAUUUUUACCAUUCAUUUCUAAUCCAGAUUCUGACAAUUUACUUUCGCCGGAACAGUAUGAGAAAUAUUGCAGUGACGUGGCAGAUACAAAUGCCUGGGGUGGUGCUAUCGAGCUACAAGUUCUUUCACAUGUAUUAAAAUGUCCGAUCGAAGUUGUUCAAGCAUCGGGAGCACCUUAUAUUGUGGGUAAUGAGUAUAGUAAUGGGAAAAAGAUGAUAUUGACUUAUCAUCGUCAUAUGUAUGAACUAGGUGCCCAUUAUAACUCUGUUACAAAAUAUGUUAAAGCAGAAGAAAGCUGAUAAAGAUGGGUUAAUGUUUUUAAUUAAGAAAUUAAGCUUGUAAUUUCUUAAUACAUUUUACUGAGAUAAAAUGUAUGAACCAUUUAAAGAGCUGCCACAAUUUGUCCAGGAAACAUAUCAGUCAUAUCUUAAAUUAAUACUUAAAUGUUUCUCUGGUAACUAGCCAUAUACUUAAAAAAUGA